AUGCCAGAAAAAAACUGGCACGUGGUUAUUGUGGCACGACAGAUAUCAUCUGCACACAUUAAAAUUUUUAUAUUUGUGUGUCUUCUAACAGAGCCCAUCGACACGGUGCUGGACGACGAAGCUAACAGCACCAGCCGCGAAGACAGUAACAGCCAGAUCAACUCCCAAGACCGAUCGGAUGAAGUGCAAGCAAGAGAAAGUCAACACUGUGACGGCAUUCACAGUUGCCGCUUCUGUCCGCGCAUAUUCCAUUCCGAGACCAGCGCCACGACUCACGAAAAGAUCCACCUGGGAGAACCACCAUUUUACUGCCGCUUUUGCCACAAGGAAUUCAAGUCCAAGAGCAGCCUAAAUAUCCACAAAAGGGUACACACGGGUGAUAAGCCCUUCAGCUGUCCCGUGUGCAACAAGACCUUUGCAGAUGCAGCCCAUCUGACCAUCCACAAGCGAAGCCACAACAAGGAAAGACCUUACAAGUGUGACUUGUGCGGCAAGGGUUUCCUCACCAGCGGUAACCUAAAGGUUCAUCGCAGAACCCACACAGGAGAGAAGCCCUUCGAGUGCCGUACCUGCCACAGGAUGUUUGCACAGAAGAGCCAGUGCGUGGUUCAUGAAAGAACACACACGGGACAGAAAUCGUUCAAGUGUGAUCUGUGCGGAAAGGCAUUUACCGAGAAAUACACCCUUAAAGGGCACAUGCGGGUUCAUACAGGUGAGAAGCCCUUCAAGUGCAAUAUCUGUGGAAAAGCGUUCAGGGUGAGCAGUCACCUGUCGGCUCAUAGGAAGAGACACUGAAGGUAGAGUCUGCUGAUGCCACACCCUUACUGAAAAGAUCAUGCUGGAAUUCAUCGCCAAAAAGAAAUUGAUGUAGAGUAAGGUACAAGGCAUCAAACUUAAAGGGGCACUGAAGUCGAUUCUGAGGUCAUUCUUUUGUGGUGGCAAUCAAUCUAGACACUAAGCAUCCCAACAAACCCAAAAUCACAAUCGUGCGUAGCUUAUUUCCUCGUUAAAAAUGUGGUCAAAGAUUGCAACACAUCCUUUUUCGGAAAAAUGUUUUUCAGAGUGGUCGACGAAGGGCGCUUGUCGACGAGUUGCAAGUGAUGGCUUCCCUCGCAGAAGAAAAGGAGUCAUAUCCGAAUGUGUACCUAUCAAACUCUCUUCGAAACGAGUUAUAAUAAAACCAUUUG